AUGGCAGCAAACCGUGCGGAGCAGAACGGGACACCGCGGUCUGCAGCACUGUCAGUCUGCGUAUUUCUCGGCAUCGCCCUCUUCAGCGGCCGCCUGACCAACCUGGCCGUCUUCACGAGCAGGGCCAGGAAGAACGAGCAGUCCAUCGAACCAGAAGACUGGGUCCCCGUGACGGGCACCAGCCUCGUCCGCUGGAACGAGGACUCCCGCGCCGCGUCCGCGAGAGUCGUCGUUUCGUGGGUGUCCCUGUUCGUCACAGAGAUCGGUUUCGUACCGCUCGUGGCCGGCCUCCGCAACGGCUCGCAGCGUCUCAAGGCGGCGGCCGCGGUGCUCGCCGUCGCCCUGGACGUCGCGUCGGACCUGGCCAGGUUUCCGGUGUGGGGGCAGAGGAGCGUGGUCAACGCCGGGGUCCUCGCGCGCAAGGACGAGAAUUUCCUGGUCUCGGUUGUUCUUUCGGCCGCGGCCGGGCUGCUGAAAGUGUUCGUCGUCGCGGUCGUCCUGGUCCUGCCGACUUCCUGGAAAACCGCGAGGCAUUAUCAGCCCACGAACCGGUCCCCGGCGUUGCGGACAACGACCGACCUCUACGAGAUGAGUCAGUCGGACUCGAACAGGAGAUGGGAAGCGCUGCUGAACAAACAGCAGCGGCUUAUGCGGGUGGUGGUGCAGGAACCGGCGCCUCAACAAGAGCGCGAGCAGCCGGGAACCCGAGUUCUCAAGACUGUACCCGUGGUUGGGGCCUCCCAGGCCGGUCCGCAGCUUCGUCCAAAUACCCGGUUUUGGGCGAGAGUCGACCAGUCCGGAGGGGACAUGUUCCUCAUCGCGCUCCUAGUCCCGGCCGUAGUCGCCGUGAUAUCCGGACUCGUAAGUCUGGGUUUCAACCUGAGCCACUGCGGAUCCGAAAGGUCAUCGAUGGUGUGCGGCUUGAGCGUCACGGGUCUCAUUUUCAUCAUACUGUGGACCGGGACGCUUAUCAUAUCUGUCCGCCUCCAGAUCGACGUGCAGCAGAAGUUAUUUGGGCCGGUCGACGUUGUGCACAUUGUGUUGCUCCUCUGGAUCGCCGGUUACAUACUUCUCAUCAAUGCGUGGGGCUUGCCGCAACCCAAUCCCGAAGCGCCGAGGAUGCCACUCCCGAUCCAAUUUAUCCCGCUGUGCAUUGGUUUCGUUGCUUGGUAUCUCACCCUCAUGAGUAGAUAUGUGUUGUCACGCAGGCGUUAG